UUUAAACAUUCACCUUAAAUGCAGCAGAAGAUCCAAAACACACAAAGAUGACAUCGAAACUGGAAAAGCUAACGAAAAACACAGUUCAAGACGAAAURCUGAUAAUAACAUUGUGUCCAUGACACAUACAGAAUUGCAGCAAUAUCACGAUCUUUCUGAUCGAAAACACAUCAUCAAGCAGGUUACGUCCGAAGCUGAGUACAGCGACCUAAGCCAUGGCAUCGUUUAUGCUGUGAAUAUUAUUAUGGAUGAUGGAGAAAAGACCAAAGAACACAGGCGGUCAACUGAGAAGAGAGCUGUUAUUAGACGACAUUCCUCUUCAGUUCUUAGAAGCCAUUCUCUACUUGAAGAUAUUCAAUUUGCAAGAUCUGUGAUCAUGGAAGAAAAUGUUGAUCGUCAACAAAAAAGAAAAAUUGUAGAGAAUCGUAAAUUAAUCCAGCGCCGGUCGUCUGCUGAUAUUGGACGUUUCAGUGAUGACACGCUCAGCUAUGCCGUCAACGUACUUUCCCCAAGCCAACACGAUAAGCAACGUAGUAAAAUGGCGUCCGAGAGAAGGAGAGUCGUGAGGGAGGCUACUUCCCGUGAACGAAGUGGAUCUUUUCUGGACGAGGUCCAGUUUGCUAGGUCAGUCGUACUCCCAUCGCAUCAAAUAAGAGAACUCGAUGAGGAUGCAGCAUUUCGACGUGAACUCGUCAAAGAAAGUCAUUGUGGAGCAGGACGUCGCAUGUCAUUCACCGAUGACGUCAUCGCUGCUCAGGAAAUUAUAUCUCCUGAAUGGAGAGUUAGGGCAGAAAGCUUCGAGUCUGAUAGUCGUUCUUUAAAUGAGGUCGAGGGCAAAGCGAGCGGAUCAUGGGGCUCCCUCUAAUAAUUACAGAAAAGUCUGACAAGAAACGUCCUACAUAACACACUUGAUGUGGAAUUCUCCCUGCAAUUUCAUUUUAUGUGGAUCUUCAAAAUUUCAGAUAUCAGCGUAUUUUUUUUCC